CAGCAGACCACAACCUAUGAACUGUGAAUGUCUGCCAUAAUGGCUGGUGCUGAACCUUUCAGUUGACUCACACUUUCUAGUUUCCAAAAUGUUGAUAAAACACAGACAAUACUGUCUGUAUUUUGUCCUCUCUUGCCUAGUGGCAGCUUGUGGGUCACUGCCUCAGUGCAGAUUGGACAGACAAUUGAACUUUUCAUGCGCCGCAACAUACAGUGUUGAAUACUAUGAAACCAUACAGUCGUGUCAGUGGCGGGAGACAAAGCAGGAAGUAACAAGUCCCAGCAUCCAUUUGUCUGUUGUUGCAUGCGGUGACCGUGCCAACGAAACUCUGAUUAUGCUAAAGUCAGCCGUAUUAUUUACCCGAGCUCCUUUACACUUCCAUAUAUUUGCAGAAGACGAAUUACAUUCAAUUUUUAGAAAUAGGCUGGAAUUAUGGCCAUCGAAAUACCGAGCUAAAAUCAAGUAUGACAUAUACAGUAUAACAUUCCCACCAGGAGAAAAUGCUAUGGAGUGGAAAAAAUUAUUUAAACCUUGUGCUUCUCAGAGAUUAUUUUUACCAGAUGUCUUAACAGACGUGGACUCCAUACUAUAUGUGGAUACUGAUGUUCUCUUUCUGUUCCCGUUGGAUGAAAUCUGGGAGUUCUUCAAUAAGUUCAAUGCAACGCACGUGGCAGCCAUGACGCCAGAGCACGAAACCAAGAGUAUCGGCUGGUACAAUCGCUUUGCACAGCAUCCAUACUAUGGAGAGACAGGGGUCAAUUCUGGUGUAAUGUUGAUGAAUCUAACAAGAAUACGAAAGUUUGACUGGACCAAAAAGAUUGUUCCAUAUUACAGACAAUACAAACUAAAAAUAACCUGGGGUGCAGAUCUACUUAAUAUUUUAUUUCAUUAUCAUCCAGAACUACUUUAUGUGUAUCCAUGCGAGUGGAACUAUAGACCUGAUCACUGCAUGUACUCUAGUCUGUGUAAGAGGGCUGAACAAAAUGGUAUUAAAGUAGUCCAUGGCAACAGAGGUGUUUUCCAUAACGAAAAACAGAUCACAUUCAAAGCGGUUUAUGAUGCUUUAGUCCAGUAUCAACUUGGUGAAGAUCUGAAGAACCACCUCAUAGACCCCUUAACUAAUGGAUUAAUGGCGACAAAAUCUACGCAGUGUGGGAAACUUUAUCAUGCCUUUCUAAAAACUAUUCUCAAAUCUAUACUUGAUAUCAGUUAACGUAAUGGUUUGUUGUCUUUUAAAUCCAGACAGUAACAAAGUGCAAUUUUAGUAGGUAACACUAAAACGAAACAUCUUUAUCCUCGUUUGUGUGACCGGGGUUUAAUUUCACAUGUACACUGCUGCAAUGGUAUUGAGUAGUUCACUAUAAAACAUACUCGCUCUCUUAGGAGGACGUGAAAACAAACAUUAUCGUCAAUAUUGUCAGUGGUAAUUUCAGACAGAACUUAGUGUUUUUAAUUUUAAUUAAUGUUUGGAGACCAUCCUUUCUUUCAUCUGUGUUUGAUGAUAUAGUUUUACAAUUAAUAAGCAAGCUUUGUAAUUAUGUAUAUUCUUAAGGGGACCAAUAAUAAUAUUUUAAUGUUCUUAUUAAAGUGAAGAUUUCAGACAGUCAAUUUUUACCAUCAUUCACAGAAUCAAACCCAUCGUUUUCUUAAGAUUUUUGAUCAAGAUCGGUAAGUACCGGUAAUAGAAAAUGGUGUCCAUUUGUUUGAAAAUUAUUACCGCAAAAUUGCAUGUAGUAGUAUUUGCGGUCAUAGCAGCUCAAAAAAGUACUUGUAACAAAAGUUCGACUUGUCAACUGAAUGACCAUGUCACCUUUAAAAUUAUAUAUAUUGCUGUAUUCAAAGAAAAUCAAAUUUGGGACCAAUGUCAGACUUUAUCUGGUGGUACAUAUUAAUAAGGGGUCGUUUUGAUCUAAUUUUAAUUUGAGUGUUGAGGUAAAUAAAUAGUGAAAGACAUAUCAACAUUUGAAUUUAUAAAUUCACACUCUUAGAACUACAUAUAUGCAAUACAAGUCGCACAGAAACAGUCAGCUGCUAAAUUGCCAAGGGAACCAUUUACUGAUAGGCUGAAAACAAAAUGUGGAUGAAAUAUAGUUUUGGUUUUCAUCGCAUUUGAUUGCUUGUUUGUGAUAAGGUAUUCGAUAUAGCAAUGACCCGUGACAGUUGACUGAACUGUGUAGUCUACACGAUGUUGGUGGGAAACUA